UGCGGCGCGGUGCACGCGGCGUUUACGAUUGCUAGUACGAUCAUUGGCAGACUGUCUCUGUCAAUGACAUUCGCGUAAUAAAAUUUAAAAGGAACGAAAAGACUGUGCUACUACGCAUUACGUAUCGUUUUAUCUUGUAUCAUUAUUCAACGGUGUUAAUGUAGAAAAUUUGUUGAAACUAGUGUGUAUUUGCGUAUAAGUGUGUGCGGACUUGUUCCUGUUUCAAUAUUGUUUCAAUAACGUUUUAUCUUGACCAAAAUCGACAAUAAAGAUAGUGCAGAUUUAUGGGAAUCGGUCGUGACGAGUUCGCUGUGGUUAAAUCUCGGCAGGUUUUCGUACUCUUCGUUCUCUUCGUUCCAGUGCUCCCAAUUUUAGAUACGUUCCGUAUAAGAGUUCAAUAAAAUUGAGAGAAGCUGCAGCGUGAUUUUUUUUCUUGUUCAAAUAGUGUUCUGCGAUUCGCAUCUUGAAAGAAUCAUCCUUAAAUUCGAAAAGGAAUAACCUAAAGUGAUUUCAAUGUUAGAUUCAAGAGGGACCACGGCCUUGAUACAUUUUACUUCGAAGAGAGUCGUCGACAGUUGAGAAUAGACGGUGACCUCAUGCUUUACUUAAGCAUAGUCUUACUGGUUGAAAGCGCGUUUAAGGGCGCCAACGAGCACACGAGGAGAACAACGACGGAACAUCAACUGAGACAAUUGGCGUCCAUUGUCAGCGAAGAGUUCGCGAUUUUACCAGCUGAGAAAAAGCCUUCCCGCGCAAUAAAAAGCAAUCUAUAUCUCUUUAUUUAGAACGAAAGAUUAUUGGAGCAUGGUGGUCGGAACGUCGCGCAUAACGUCAAAGGAAAGCUCAGAUUAGCCAGUAUUUGAAAAAUAAUGACAAAAGCUAUCCAAAAAUUAAAGCCAAUGAUGAAGAAGUAAACUCAAGGCCCACUAUUGAUCUUUUUUCUUAGAUAUUAAUCAUUCAAUAAUUCUUAACCUCGCAGAAAUCAAUUUUCCAUUAAUCCUCAGCUAAAUGAUCGGCAGCUUAGGACUUCACGUUCGUAAAUUUAAAAUAUAUAUACAUUCGAAUGCAAUUGACAUUUAUAUGCCGCAGUCAUCGUCUUGGAAUAGUGUUUUAUUUAUAAGACCGUGGUGGAAUAGUGCGGGAGAGUACCAAUUAUAUUCGUCCUCGAGAAACAUUAGAGUCGAUGAGCCAUUGGAGAAUCGAGCAAGUUGGUAACGAAACCGAUAAGCACUUGUAAGUAGUGUUGCAGUGAUACAUAUCUAAAAUUUUCUCCAGAUCAUCGAUCUUAACAGCGGAAUUAAGAGCAUACGAAAGUGUCAGGCUCAACAAACGGUUUUACCAUCUUUCUUGACAGUAUAGGCCAAACUAAAAUUGCUCAAAAAUGACGACGAUGGGUGUAACCGUUUACUGUAAUCGUGUGCAAAUAAAUAAUAAUGAUCAGGAACAAUUGAUGCUCUUACGAACGCUUCAGGACAACGAAAGCAAUAUAAUGGGUAACCAAGCGCAUUUGAUUGUACCUAAAAACGUUACCGCUGGUAUCACGAGUCACGUGACUAAUCCAGCAAGUGUACUUCCACCCUAUGACCCGUCAAGGCUCAAGAAACAUGGAAAAAAUGGCCAACCACCACCGGUGGCAGUAGCAAGAAGAAAUGCUCGCGAGAGGAAUCGCGUGAAGCAAGUGAACAACGGUUUUGCGACACUGCGUCAACACAUUCCGAGUCACAUAGCAGCAGGGUAUGGCGAUCGGGGUAAAAAGUUAUCUAAAGUCGAAACUCUAAGAAUGGCUGUAGAAUACAUCAGAGGUCUCCAGAGAUUGCUCGCUGAAGCGGAUGGCCUCGAAUAUGAUCCGAAUAUUGGUCUAGGACACAACAUGCCAUCGCCGACCAGCAGCAUCGUUUCCUCUAGCCAUAAUGGUUCUGGCGAAAGAUUAAUACUCGAGGACGAUGGAACUGUCGAUGAUGACGACCCUGAGGGUCUUCGCGAUGAGGAGGAAGAUGAAAGACUUGGAAAAUCGAGGAUAGUACUUGCCACAAGGCUCUCUUCACCAAACCCCAUAUCAACAACGACAUCCUCACCACGUCAUUAUUACGCUCAAUCAAUCGGUGACGAGGAAAAUCUUGAGCCGUCCUGCACUCUCAACUCACGGGCUAGUCACAACGUGCAAACAUGUUCUCGUCUCUCGCCGAAUUCAAUGACUUCACCAACCUCCGAGUAUUACCAACAGAACGAGGAAAAUCUUGAGCCUCGAAUAAAUUCGCCUUAUAGCGGGGCUGGUGACAGCGAGGAAAGUGGUACGAUUUAUGCUGCUAGUCCCGAUGCAACUGGCGCUGCAUUUUCCGGUGCUCUCUAUUACAAGCAGGAGAUUACGGAACCUGGAGAAUUCAUGGACGUGGUGAAUUGGUGGGAACAGGAGCAGGGAAGACUCGUGCAUCACACCCAACAGCAUACUCAACGAUACGAGAAAGGUACGAAAUUUGUGAGAGAGCAUUUUUCUCUGGUUUGUGCAUAUGAUCUCAAAACAAAAGACGAAAAAUUACUACCCAGAAAAAUGAUUGUGAACAAGUGUACUUACUAACUGAGCCGAAAGUUUUCACCGCACAACGAUGAAGGAAACGUGUGUUUAUAAUAGAAAUGCAAGAAUACGUGGUUCAAAUGACAAAUAAAGCGCCUUGCCAUUAUGUCGUGCCCGCAUUGAUACGCACCAAUGCCUUUGCGAUAUGACAAUAAUAAUAGCGAUAGUUUCAACGAGUGCUUAUCAAAUGAGUUCCACCUGGUGAAGGAACGUGCGAUUGGAAAACAAAAUUUAUAAAUAUUUUUCCUUUUUCGACGAAUUGAAGAAUGGUGUCUUUGGAAAUCGAUAUUCCAGCGUUAAAUUUUACGCAAACCCAACUUUUAUAAAUUUACAGACUUUAAGAUAUGACGUUAAGAAUAUUAUAUAUAUACAUAAAUGCAAAUUUAUAUGACGGAUUUGGGGCAAAAAAUAAUUGUGAAGAAUGUUUUUCUGAAAAAACGGCAGUGUCUACCACUGUUAUUAUUGGUGCCAUUCCAUGCCAUCGAAGUAUCGAAGCUAUCUAAAAAUACGCCGAUGAAAAUUGUUUCUCCGUUAUCCAAUUUAAAUACGCUUCAUUGUGCCUUAACAGUUUUAUCCCUGGUACGAAAGACAAUAUUUUCAUACCAGUAUUCUAACCUUUGCUCGAAAGACAAGCCAAUUUUGGUAACGAGAGAAGGAAAAGCAAAACUUCGAUCUCGCACAAUCGAAACGAAACUUUUCAGAGUUAUUUAAAAAAACACAAUCAAAAUAGUGACUAUCGUCAUUAUUAAUUUUAUCAUUCUAAUGUACAUAUCAGUGCCUUAAUCGAUUAAGACGACCAAUACAAAUGUUAAGCUACAAGACUAUUUUUUCUACUUGUAAUUUUUUAUAUAUAAUAUUUAAUAAAAACAAGAUGAAUUUUACUAUUUAUACUUA